AGGUAGAAGGUUUUAAGGAUGCAGACCCUUAAUCGUCCAAGUAUAGUGUUUUUUUAUGUUUUCCUAAGCAUAAUAUGAGAAAUUAUAUUCUCAGUCGCCAGUCACUUAGUUUCGCAACAAACCUUAGAAAAACACUGUUUAAUUUGAAACUUCAAGGGUUUCUAGAGAAAGGUUGCGAUUAAGCCAAGUGUCGAGCGAAUGGGGAUAUCAUUUCUCAUAUUAUGCCGAUAAAAAUAUAAUAAAAUCAUACUUUAUACUUAGGUAGUUGAGGGUCUGGAUCCUUGAAGCCUACAAUCUCACGUGCUGGUAAUUCAUGACGCGACCUAAGAUAAGAUGAAAGCAGGCUAACUUGUCAGGAGGUGGAUGAAAAUCCAGACCCCUUUCGGUUUCUACACGACAUCGUACCGGAACGCUAAAUCGCUUGACGGUACAUCUUUGCCGGUAGGGUCAACAACUCCGAAGCAUCCUUAAGAGAUUUGGAGUCAAUUGCGAAUUCGCAUUUCCGUGUGAAAAGUAUGAUAAUUUCUCUUAUUAUUCAAAACCAAUAUUUAGUAGGUACAUUGAAACGGUCUAUAUUCACGCUUGCGACUCAAGUCAAUAUCGCAUUAACCUUUGUUAUCAGUUGUACACUAUAUCAAAGAAGACAAGUAAAAUAAUAAGUACAACUCAACAGUAUAAAUACUAUUUUAAUUAAAAUAUCAUCUGCGUAGAGAAAUUCGAGUAGUACAGUGAAAAAUAAAGUUAAUCGUCAAGAUGUGUUUUGGCCUGUUUUUUGUUUUUUGUGUUGCAAUUACUACAACCUACUGUAUUCCUACUGAUGACGGUGGACUGAUAUUUGCUGGUGGUCAGGGCGGCUUCGACAGCAACGUUGGUGGAAGUGAUGACGGUGGUCUGACUUUUGCUGGAGGCACGGGCGGCUUUCAGAGCAACGUUGGUGGAAGACGUCUAUGGGGAAAUCGCGAUGGUGGUCACGUGGAAGACUAUCCCAAUCAUAGUGAGGACAGCGGCUAUAAUAUGGGUAUUACAGUCAGGUCUGAGACGGACAAAAUUAUAUACUGCGUCGGGUGCACUAUCCACAAUAACAUCGGCAACGGGCUCUACAACAGGAAUGAAGUUCACCUAGCACGAUAUAAAAAAUCCAUCCCUGCUCGUCCCGUCCGUCCAACCCGUCCCCCUCCCAUUCGACAGGGCUGAUUACUAGAGAACUUACUUACCAAUAAUAAAUGUUUAAAAUAUUGAAUAAGUUUUCAUUUUGCGAAUUAACAAAGUUGUUUAAUU